GGACCAAUUUGGAAUUGCAUCGGGAAUGACACACGCUGGAAAUGCGCCCGCAGUCUGACACCUGCCUUGUGCCUUGGAACUUCCCGUAUUCGCUGCUAUAGCAGUACCAAAUUUUGAGCAUGGACAUGAAUUUAGCUAACACAUCAAUUCAGGACUUCAAGGACCUCUUCUCGACGCUUAUGGUUUCGCUUCCCCUCACAGCACACCGCGUUCGCUUUAGGAUGAUCGACUUCACCUUUACAUCGGAUGAAGCAAUUACCAAUCUUGGAUCCCUCAAAUUCUCUCAGUCCAAUCGUAUGCCAGACCCCAAGGACUCGUCACGUGUCGUGACGACGACCACUACGACCACCUUCUCAAUGGCCAAGGAAAUGGCUCGCUCCGUUUGCCAGAAAUUUCUCGAGGCUAAAUUUGUUGAGUCAGUAGAAGGCAAGACGGAUUUCAUGAACAAGAGCUCGGUCUGGCAACUUACGCCCAAGGGCAUUCACAUUCUGGAGCGCUUUUGUACACGCAAUGGCAUCGCUUCAGCUCACGUCAAGGCUGUCAUUGAGUCUAACAGAAAUCCGAGACAACUGGUCGUACUUGAACGCAACACUGAGACCGACAAGCUUCAUCACGAUGAACAGACCGUUGAGAUCAUCUUUCGUCGCUUUAUUGGCACCACUGCCAACGAGACCCAGUCGGAUUCUGACUCGAUACAUGAGUUCUCAAAGUGUGAUAUCGGGGUUAAGCUUGUCAAACACCGACCCACCUCACAGCGCCAGUUUGAGUACACCUUCAACGGACGCAACGCCGCACAGUGGUUGAUGGACUGCUCAACUAUGGUUGACCCCCGUGAAGCUAUCGAGGUUGGCUCGCUAUUCUUGCAGCUCAAGCUCAUUGCCCCAGUUGAUCCUCGCAACUCAGAACACCAGUUCCAACCUUCAAAGCAGGUGCACUACUACAUCACCAAUCACGGCGAGCGCGUCGCCGGCUGGCUCCUCGAGGAAAUCCCAUCAGGCGGAGAUGUAGCAGUCAAGUCAAGAGAUGGCGUUGCCCGCGAUUCCAACAGCAACCGUACCAACGUUAUUAUUCGUAACCCUUCAUGGCGUCUCUUGUACCGCGAGUUCCUCAAGGAAACCAUGUGCGAGGAGAAUCUCUCUUUCUACCUUGAGGUCCAGCAGUUCAACAAGCAAUAUCGGGACGCUAUCAACGACAAGGGUGAUAACAAGGUUGAGACAAUCCGGGAGACGCUUGCUGCCGCAUACGGUCUGUACAAUGCUUUCCUGGCUCCCGGCUCACCCAAUGAGCUCAACAUCGACCAUAGUCUUCGUACACAGCUGGCUACACGCAUGACUCGUGCCGUUGGCGACGAUGCAGCCAUGUUGCAGAGUCUUAACGAGGUCGCCUCCUUAUUCGAAAAGGCUCAGCAGUCCAUCUUCAAGCUGAUGUCUAGCGACUCUGUGCCCAAAUUCGUCAAGCAUGCCAAGUACGGCCCUCAGCUCCGUGGUCUUGAUGCCGCCGCUGCAUCCGCCUAUGUUGCUUCGCCCACUGCCACCCGAUCAUAGAAUGAAUAUCGCGCCACUUUCACGACCGAUUCUGAAUCUCUCCGCAAGAUGAAACGACGACGACAUGCGAGCGCUGAACCAUCUCAGGCCUGAUCGCCUUCCUUGGAUAGCUGGCAUCACUUUCUUGAUGCG